UGUGUGUGUGUGUGUGUGUGUGUGUGUGUGUGUGUGUACCCGCCCUGUUCACUUCCACCUCCUCCUCCUCCCAUCGUCCACAGCGCAUUCAAGAGCUUCACCUGUGCUCUAUCUCUCUCUCUCGCGAGCUCCGGUCCAGCUGUGGGGGAAUACUCUGGUGAAGUCGGACCGUUCAGACUAAAGGCGGACAGCAUUUCUGAGUGAUCGCUGCUUCCUGAACCACAGAGUCUGCACAUUACGAGAAAAAUGGCAGAUCCGAUGACACAGUCUUCUCAGAUAUCGUCGUCGCAAGGACUAAACGAUGGACACUCUGCAGCGUCCAAAGACUCAAAGUUCUCCGAUUCCUUUUUUUCCUCUUCGCCUGUAUCUCUCAUUCAGUCUCCUCAAGACAAAAGGGUAGUACUGGGCUCUGACAAGCCUUCGGAGGGUGUGGCCACCUCACUUCGCUUUUCUUCCCAGCCAAGUUCAUUUUCACCUGUGGGUUAUGGAAAUGAAUCCUCAGGACCACCUGUAGAUCGUAGUUUCCAAGAGAAAAGGGAGCGUUUUGAAUCAUCAGUUGGGUCCCAAAAGCAAGACUCGUCCCCCAUAAAGGUCUCUCCUGUGUCCGAGCGAAUCAAAGCAUUGGAAGCUCUGGCUGCAAAGCAGAAUGAUUCUGAUUGGAAUGAUGGAGGAUUUCCUCAUUUCCGAGAGCGCCACUAUGAAAAGCCCCCUACAGAGAUACAUGGCAUCUCUUCACGCUCAUCAUUUAAGAAAAGGGCCACAUCCACUGAACAAGAAUCUCCAGAAUCACCUUUCGAAGUACUUGGUGAUGCCAGACAUGGGAGCGACUUUGAGGACACUGCAGACUGGAUGAAAGCUCAUUUGCCCCCAGCACCUGACUUUGGCACUGAAGAAUCUGAUUUUGAUGAAGUGAAAGAGUCUGCUGUAGUGCAGGAGAGUCCAUCAACAGAAACAAAGGGCAAAGAUACCGAUGCGCCAGAAGUUCCUGCAUCUUUUGUAGGUGUUCCGGAUGAAUUUAUGGACACUCCUAUUGAAGUGGCAGAACAAGUGGUCGAUGAUAAUAAACAGUCUAAGCAAGACAGUGUAGAGGAGGAGUCUGAAUUUGAUCUUAGAUUUUUACCCACUGCCUAUAUGUGGGACAAACAAGAGAAGUCUGACAUGGACACACAAGGCCCAUCAAGCAUCCCUGAAACUCAAGACUCUGAGAUACCUGUAUCUUCUGCACCACCUGAUGGGUUUGAAUCUUCUUCUGUUCCUUCUCCACCUCCUGCUGCCCAGAUGGACUCGGGUACAAAGCAGCAGUCUCAGGGUGGUGGCUCUGAGCCUGCAGAAAUCCUUGAAGUUGACAGCUCUGGUGAAUCUGAUGAUACAGUGAUUGAGGAUGCAAGUGGUGGCCGUCCACAUGCAGGCCCCGAUGCUCCGGAAUCUGUACCUUGCAUAGAUAAGGUUACCCUGCCAGACGACAAAGAGAAACAGGGCAUUCUGGUGCCCAUCAUUAAUGUCAUUGAGACAGAGGAACAGAAUAUCAGCGAUGAUGAAAUGGUGCAGGAGGAGGAAGAGGAUGAUGAGAGAUAUCAGGUAAUUCAAGAGCCUACUACACAGGCUCCAAUAUCAUCUGAUGAGCAUUCAGAGGUUUCAAAAUCUGAAGAGGUUUCCCUGAACAAAGAAGAUAUUUUCUCACCAACAGAGGUUACGGAAUCUGAUGCAGAUUAUUCUCCAAAGCACAAAAUCAAAGAUGAUGUUAGUGAAGACAUUUUCAACCAGACUUGUGUUGAUUCAAAGGGUUCCACUUUGGAGGAGUCUUGUGAGCAGUCGCCUGUAUUGCAGAAUGUAGAUGAACCUCAGAAAGAGUCUUACGUUAACAUUGUUAAACCAGACAAAACUGCAGAAAUAACACCAGACCUGCCCCAUAAUUAUGAGGAUCUCUCAAAUGAGAUUGAAUCCAGCGAUAUAGAUACAUACUUGGAUCAUUACACUAGUCAAGAAUUAGCUUUGAAAGAUCAGCUGAAUUCAGGUGUUUUAUGUGAGAAUGAUGGGGAAUCUAAUGACUUGCAAAAAUCCAACUCUCUUGAACGUAGUCAGAAUGACACGAUGUUUGCUCAGCAGUCAGUUGAGGAAACUAUUGCUGAUGAAAUUGAUGAGCAGCUUAAUAUGAGCAAACAAAAUAUUGAUUCAGUUCCUGAGCCUUUGCCGGUUGGCAUCACGGAUGUCUAUAAUGAGCCUCUGCUCCCUCAGAAUGAAGUGCCAAGUCAUGAACUAGAGGAUCAGUGUGUAGAUCUAGAGGACCGGAAGACAGUAACUGCACCAGGAAGUUUUUCACUGGUGGAGGAGAAGGAUUACAUCAGUCAGACCACUGCAAGACCGCCCUAUGUUCAGGAGAACACUCCUGCUCCAUUCCCCUCUUUCCAUCAUGAUCCAUCAGACAAAAUCAGUGAGGUGAUUUCUGAUUUUGUGGCCAGUGAUCUGAAUGAGGGAUUAGUGACAUCUACCUCUGAACAUGAUGAUCUAGUCCAGCAUGAUGUUCCAGACAUACAGAUGUCACCGGAAAGUACAAGCGAACCUGAGAGCAUUGAACCAGAAUGCUCUGUGAUAACAGCAUCAGACAGCUUUGUGGAGUUCAUGAGAGAGUGCUUGAAGUCACAGCAGGAUGAGCAGCCUGAGAGCCUUGGUCUAGGACAUGUCGCCAAGGAUCCUACGUCUGUUGCCCCUUCUCCACCCGCUAUGGUUAUGGAUUUGGAGCAAGAGCGUCUUACUAUCUGUGCUCUCAAAGAGCUUGGGAGCAGCCAAGAGCAAGAGGAUGAAAUAAGUGUUUCUAACAAAACAACCUCAGUCUCUUCAAAGGAGGGUUCACAACCUUCAUCUAAAUCUGAGUCGUCCGUCCCCUCAGUUUCCACACCUCAGCAUCUUCUGAACGAGUAUGAGCCUGAAACUUCAUUAGCCAAAGAGGUAGAGGCAAUCGACAUGUGGGUGGCAGAAGCCUACCACCUCGCAGAGCAUGUUUUGGCAGCAAUACUAACCCACCUGUCAGUAUAUGAGCUGGUGCACUGGCGCGACCCGAAGAAGACGGGUGUGGUUUUUGGCACCUCCUUGCUGCUGCUACUGUCUCUGGCAGCUUUCAGCGUGAUCAGCGUCAUCUCCUACCUGCUUCUGGCCCUGCUCUGCGUCACCAUCACCUUCCGCAUCUACAAAUCUGUCAUCCAGGCUGUGCAGAAAUCCAGUGAGGGGCACCCCUUCAAGGCUCUGAUGGAGAAGGAUGUCAGCGUGCCUCCUGAGACGUUCCGCAAGCACGUGGAUGUGUGUCUGACCUACAUCAAUCGCGCACUCAAGCAGAUGAGCCGCCUUUUCUUGGUUGAGGACUUGGUGGAUUCCCUCAAGCUGGCAGUGGUCAUGUGGUUGCUGACAUACGUGGGUGCCGUGUUUAAUGGCAUCACCAUCCUCAUCCUUGCGGACAUCCUUAUCUUCAGUGUACCACUUUUGUAUGAGAAGAACAAGACCCAGAUAGAUCACUACAUUGAGAUUGCACGCACUCAAUUUAAUACUACGAUUGCCAAGCUACAAGAGAAGCUCCCCGGAGCAGUGAAGCGCAGUAAAGCGGAAUGAUCCCUCUCUGAUCCCUUCAUGACCACCUCUGGAAUCCCUCUAUUUCUAGCCUCCACCCCUCCCUGCAUCUUCUGUUUUCCUCCCUUCCUCCCCUUAUCCUUCAGUUUAAUCUCCAAAUGCAUCUCACCAACUAUCUGCACUGAACCAGCUAGUCUCUAAAAUCUCAGAAGCUUCUCAGUAUUCGAUGUUAACUCUGCAGCUUAACUAUGAGCAUUAGGGAAGAUGCAUGGGCCUCCAGAGGCUGGUGACUCAAACACAGGAAGUGAUGUAAUACUGCAACUGGAUGCCUAUUUAUGGAGCCCAUCUUUGGGCAGUGUGUGUGAACUAGACUGAAUCUUUGGCCUGGUUUCAGAGUGUCCAUAGGGGCUAUGCUAUUAAUAAAACAAAAAAUAAAUGAAUAAAAUGUAGAUGGGUUUUUAACUUCGAAGCAAAUGUCUGUACUUAUUAAUAUAUUUCACAGGAAAUAAAUUGGAAGAAAAAAAAACAAAUAGUGUGUUUAAGCCACCAGGCCUGCUCUGCUCUUGAUUCUGGUAUUUCAUACCCUUUUUCCCCCUUCUCCACCCCUUCUCGCCAUAGGACACUUGCUCAUAUAUUAUGAAACUGCAAUGCACUGAUUGUUACUAGUCUCACACAUACACAGAUUGAUUAUAAUGGUGGGGACACUGCACCAGCCAUGGUGAUUUGGUCUAGUUCGCUGUCCUGUCUGUUGUGUUUUGUUUUGUUUUUUUGGCAUUUUAAUUUUUAAUUGUGUAUGUAUAUAUUAGUAAGAUUACAACAGGCUCUUUGCUGUGAAGAAGUAGUCAGCCUUGCUUUUUAUAUUUAAAAAAAAAAAAAACAAAAAACAAACAUGCCUCUUAUUUGUCUCUUGCGUUUGUCUGAGACUCCUGAGUUCACACGUAAACGAGCGUUAUUCUGAUUAUUACUGUUCAGAUUAUGAUUAUUAGGUCACAUGUAGGUGAUAGCUGCUCUUGACACCCCAGUCUGGCAUCUUAAGUAAUUAGUAAUAUUCUUAAGCUUGAGUUAUCUGUAUAGAACCUUCAAAGCAUUUGAAUGGUGGAAAGGUUAAGGAUGAAAAUGUCGCUGUUUUGAAGAGACGGAACAAGAUGUGUGGUCAGUGUUGAGGCUGGUGGGAAAACGUUUUCUCUUUUUGCUAAUCUUGGAUCAGCUGUAAGAUUCUAAGCGACCUUCUUCAUACAUACAUACACCUGAAAAGGCAAAACUGGUCCUAGAUCAGAAUCUGGAGAAACAUUUCCAACGCUAUGGGUGAUUUCUUGUAAUAAGUGUUCUAAAUUGGUAUAUUGGAAGGUUUUUGGUUCCUAAUUUAAGGAUGCAAAGCAUGUCAUUGCAAAAGCUAGAGUGCUUUGCUAAUUGUUUUCAUCUGCAUUUUGUUUCAUGAUAAAAUGUGCAGACUAUACAGUUAUGUCUAUUUGCAUACACUGAAAGGGACUUAAAUGUGAGGAAUAAAAAUGGAUGCACGUAGCUUGCGCCUGGUCUGUAUUUGGCACUGGAUUCUACCUGUCCUUGCUCUAAUAAGUAUCUGGAAGCGUUAGCGUGUAUAGGCUUCAGUAUCAAAUGUAUACCUGUAUUUAUUGACAUACAAAUGGGUAAACUCAGUACCAGAUUAUAACAAUAACUACUGCUAAUGCUACUACACAGAUGUCUAUCAACUGCUGAAUGUUUCAUUGUAAUGUCUAUAGAGCAUUCCAGCUAACGCAUGCAAUCUUGUGUGUUCACAAUGGAACUCAUUUUAACACAGUCCGAAUUUGCCUCACAUGGAGCGUUUCAUGAAGGGUCACGUCCACUGAACGUGGACUUGAUGGCCAAAACCGAAAUGACAGGGAUUUUUUGUGUUGCUCCGCCCCUUGAAGCUCAACUGUAGUCUUGAAUCCUGGAUGUUUAGGAUUUAAUUUUUACAUUUGUUUUCUUCUAUGCAUGCACGCAACGGCACACUCAGACACGCUCACCAACAUUUGAAAGUAUCCUUCGUUUGUACCACUGUGUCCUUGUGUUGCUGAACUAACAUGCGUUAUGUUGACUUGUGGGUCUUUGGUGUGGUGGUGCUUGAAGAAAUAGGAUAAGCUCCAGCAGCUAGUUUGAACAUUUAUUCUAUCUUUUUUUUCCAACACUAAGUUAAAGAAAUAUUACCUGUUUUUUUUGUUUUUCUUUAAUAGAUGCAAACCUUUUCUUCUUUCGUGUUUCGAUUAAAUACCUGCAGAUUUUUAACUUCUGUAGUUUAACAGCAUGUUGGCUGUCUCCUUUUUUUUCUCUUUUUUGGGGAGGGAGUUGCAGAAGUCAUGUUUAUCUUUUGGUUUUUGCUUUGGACUCUUGAUAACUAGAUGUAAUAACUAAUAUCUAUGUUCAGUUUGUUAGUUAUGAAUUAAGUUAAUCUGGGAGCUUUGGGGGGGGAGAAAAAAAGUGGAGGGAGAGGAAAAAUAAAUUGUGGUCCCUGUAAUGAUGUCAAAGUGAAAUUAAUAAAAAUGUUAAAAAGA